AUGCCGACGGAGGAUAGCACCAACGUGCAGGCCCCACCGCCGAUCGUUGAGAGACGUGUACGUGGAAGACGCCGACGUCCAAUCUCGUGCAACGGCAGUGCAUCCAGGCAGCUGGAGAACGCCUCUGCUCUGGCCGCCGUCGCAGGAGCCUACAGUGCACCGUACAAGGGCGACGCCGACCUGAGGCCCCAGUUUCGGCCCGUGUUCUGCGUCUUCGACACGGAGUUCUUCCACCCGAAGAGACCCUACACUCCCCUCCAGAUUCCCGCGCCAUUGUGCUCGGCGGUAAUCUUCUACAGCCUGUCCUUGAGUCGAUUCAGUCCGGCCGUCGAUGGCGUCGGUGGCGGCUUUCGAAGACCACUGGACGCCCAGCUCUUCGAGAACAUAUCGGCCUCGAGACUGGAGGGUAGACUGCGGCACAGAGGCAGGCCAAGUCCCCUCUACGCCACUUUCGGUGGCCGCCGCAGCGACAGUGCAGACUUUGUGCGCAUGCUCCGGAAUUCCGCGUGGCGAAAGGCCAUGGUCGAAGGAAUCGUGAACGACACGAGCUCGUCGGAGAGACCCAAUUAUGACGGCGUCAACCUCGACUGGAACCACCCCGGAGACGAGUGCGACGUGCUCAGGCAGCCGCAGCUAUUUCACGUGCUCGUCGAGAGCCUCGGCGCCAGUCGCGUGAAGGUGAUGCUCACGGUUCCUCCGCUGCCGCGCUACGUCGGCCCCUACGACCUCGAGCCCGUGCUGGACAGCGUAGAGCACGUGGUCGUGGCGACGCACAAGCUGCGGCCGCGGUCGUCGGUGGACUGCAGCGGCGCCAGGCUGUACGCUGCUCCGUCGUUCCGCGAGAUACGCGACGCUUACAACGCGGCCUACCGCAAGAAGUUCGCCUACAGCAUGUCGGCAGGGGGCGACACCUUCGUCACGAGAACGGUGGCGCUCGGGGCGGCGGCGCAAUCGGCCCCUACUCCCACUUCCGGCCUCGUUCUGCGACCGAACAAGACGAGCUUCGAGAGCGUGUGCAACGUCAAGCCGGUGAUUGUGAACCCCACCGACAAAGAGUGCGUCAUAGCGAUCAUGCAGAUCGAGAAGUCGCUAGACGCCACCAUACUGUACUACGUGGCUGCGUACGCGGGACCGAAGCAGCUGCAGGAACGGAUGCACCGGGCGUACGACGACGACAUGGGCGACGCCCCCGUCGCGGUGUUCGAUGCCUUCCUGGACGACUUCGCGGGCCUCUGCCCCGGAGACAGCCCUCGCAUGUCGCCGCAGCUGGCUGCCAUUGCGGAAAGCACGAGUCGCGAACUGCUAUGA